GUCAGUGGUUGUUGCAUAUGGCUUGUUGCCGCCAGACUCGCGCGAUUGUUUUGGCAGGAUGGCCGCUCCUCUCAGUGACAGCAGUCAGAGACCCCUGCAGAAUGCCAUGAGACUUGUAAAAGUGGCCAUUCAGCUGGAUACCGGCAACAGACACAAGGAGGCAUACUGUGAAUACUUAAGAAGUAUCAACUACAUCUCUCAUGCUCUGCUUGAAAAUGCUGCAUCUAAGCAGGAGGGAGAGAUGGAGUCGGUGGAAUUGGAGAAGAUGGUGAAACUGGUUGAGCAAUGUUUGGAGAGGGUCAAAUCAUGUAUAAUAAGGAGGCAAGAAUGCCCUUCACCUGCCACCUCCUCCACUCCUCUGCCCAACCCCAAACAGACCACCGUUCCAGCUAUUAAUGCAAUAGGUGAUUACAAAAUGACAGAAAUGCCUAAUGAGAAGCCAUUGGUUUCUGAGACACAAAGUAAGGAACAGCCCACCAGACAUCGCAGAGUCCUCUCUGAGGGAGGGGUGACAGACUCCCCCUUUCUGCCACCUGAAGUCUUCCAGAAGUUUCAAACAGUGGAGUCACAAGACAACCGAAAGGAAUUAACGCCUAUUGAAGAAGCGUCGCGUCUGAACCAGAAACUUAAGGCUAAUUAUGAAGCACGACUGGCAAGACUUACCCCUGGCCAGGCCACACAAAAAACCUCAUUGACUCUCUCACUUCAGAGGCAAAUGAUGGAGAAUCUGAUAAUAGCCAAAGCCAGACAAGAUGCACUUCAAAGGAAAAUGGAGGAGAGGAGACUCCGGCUGCAGGAAGAAGCCAACAGGAGGUUUGCAACCUGUGGGACCAUUACACCUGACGAGCAAGAGCAGCGAGAUCUGUAUGCAAGUGUGCUUGAAUAUGAGCAUGAUCAUGAAUGGCCAAAAAUGUGGAAAGCUAAUCUGAAAAAGAGUCCAAAUGAUCCGAUACUGGUUUCAGGUCUUAUCUCCUGUCUUCUCAGCUAUCCAGAUCACCCAGUCAUGAAGUUGCUGAAGAGGCUUCAGUAUCGUGUUUAUAACAGACUGUAUCCUAUAGUGAGCCAGUGUGUUCCUCUGAGCACAGCGCCUGGACGCUCGCUACCCUUAAAGCCCUCCCGCAGCGCCCAGAGCCUGCUCCUGUUCGACAGUCAUAUCUCUCCACAGCAGCAGCAGAACCCACUCUCAUCUGCUCUGACUCACAGCUUAUCUGAUGCCUCCAUCGCUCUUUCCCCAUCCUACGACAUCAACACCAGCGACACCAAGUCCGAGACCGACCUAGACGAGUCUUCAACUCUGGCCUCCACAGAUAGAGAGAACUCUUUUGAGGACCUGGAGAAGUUUCUUACUCAGCUGGACUGGGUUCCUUCUCACAGUGGUGACGAUACAGACUCUGAUGUGGCUUUUGACACAACACACAUAGGCCUACAGUCUCAUAUUCUUGAUCUUGAGGAGCGUGCUCUGAAGGAACAUUUGAAGGCCAUUAUCAAAGAUAUCCACAAUGCUAUUGAUCGCCUGCUGUCUCUGUGUCUUCUGUCUUUUGAAUGUCUCAACACUGCCAGCUCUAAGGACCAAUGUGUGGCAAGCAUAGAGGAAGUCUUCUUCACCCCUAUUUGGCGCCCUCUGUUGGCACUCUUUAGGAGGGUGAAUCGAGAACGGGAGCUGGCUGUUGAGAGCAGCAUGCGUCUUCAUCGUAAUAUUUCACCUGGUGAUGUUGGUGUAGCAUCCAAGUUGUUCCCUAAAGACCCAGCUGUGCUGCACGGUUCCUACCCAUACGAGUCAGCGGUACAGGAGUUAAAGCUUCUGUGUAGAGACUAUUGUCCUCAAAAGAAACUUGAUUGUAUUGUGAGAACUCUACGAAUUAUCUGUGGCUGUGCUGAAGACUACCGCCUCCUGCAAGAAAACGACCAUCCACCCAAAUCAGCAGCAAUAGGUGCCGAUGACCUGUUGCCCAUCCUGGCGUUCGUGACAUUACGCAGUGAAAUGCCCGAGCUGGUGUCUGAAUGUGCUGCGUUGGAAGAGUUCAUCCAUGAGGGGUAUCUGAUUGGGGAGGAGGGGUACUGCCUGACGUCAAUGCAGAGCGCGCUGACCUAUGUUGAGUCAUUGCUCUUGGGUGGGGCUCCACCCCCUGUGGCCAAACCCACCUGACGUAGGUGCCGUAGCCAGUGGAAAGAUCUCAUCGUGUUUUGACGGUCUUCAGGAGUUGCUGUAUCUCCUUAGCUCAGCUUGUUUAGUCCUAAAUCAUGCCAGACUUCAGUUCUGUUCGAAUCUUCUCCCCCUACCCCUUUGAAGGGACCGGAGAAGGUCAUAUGCUGUGUUUGGGCGCUACAGGGCAGGUUCAUCUGAAUGUGGUUAGAAGUGAGAUCAAUAUUGUAGCCAAAACAAAAAACAAAAGCUUAAGACUAAAUGGGAUUAAAUGAGUCAGAUGCUGGACUUGUGAAAAGGUUAGGGGUUUUUAUGUUUAUAUAUUCUAAUCCCAUUGACUUUUUUUUUUUUUUUUUUAUCUUUUUUUUUUGUUGUUUUGUUAAAAUGGUAUUCCCCAUAAAACAUUUUAUGAAAUAUAAAGGAAAGACUAAAGCACUACUAGCAUUUAUCAUCCUAUAACACCCUAUUUAUUAAACAAUGUGAAGUGUGACACUAAUACAGAGUUUUUGUAGUAUUUGAGCUCAGAAUUUUAGCCUGAGUAGGGGAAAAUGGAGCAAAAUUGUCAAGUUUUACAUUUCUCUUGCAAAUAAAUAUACCACUAAGCAGACACACAUAUUGUUAAGCUGUACAGGUUUUAUGUAUUUUUUUUUUUUUUUUUUUUUUUUUUAAGAAAUCUUAAUUUGUUAUUUAAAUGCUUUUCACUCUAAUAGUCAAAAGAAGUGAAAUCAUUGUGAAAAAAAGCAAGAAAUACUAAUGCUGCUGGACCAACUGUCUUCAGUCUGAUGUUACUGAUGUUGAGGAGAUUUAAUAUGAAAUAGACAUAAUAAAAUAUAUGUGUGUGUGCGCAAAGGCAUAAAUGAAUAUAUUUAUAUGUUUUGUUUGUUGCUGAAGAUCUGCAUUGUGAAUUAUGAUGAAUGUGAAUAUAGCCUGAAUCUCUUUGCCUGAGAGACAGCAACCAUGUAUUUUUUUUUUUUUUUUACAAAGCCUUCCCAGAGUUCAUGUCCUAUUUUUGGGAAAUGAAUAAUGCACAUGGGCAUGGUUUGAAAGUGCAUGGCAUAAGAAUUUUCUAACAAUAAAGACACAUGUAAACCUU